AUGUCAUGCUUCGGUUCGGGAAAUUGCUGUUCAUGGGGUAUGUGUGACUGCCCUUCACCUUGCCAGGCAAGCAGCACUUUGUGGGACUGCCCUUGCGACUGCAAGCCUUGCUCCUCGUGUUUUGACUCAUAUCAGACAUCCCACGAUUGCAGGAAAGAGUUUAAGCCGGUUCGAUUCGUGGCACCCAGGCAAGCUUACCUCACAACUAAUUGUUAUGAACAGCUUGGAAAUAGACAUAACGAUGAUGGAAGGUGUGGCUCAGGAUGCAAAAACAGAGAUGAGAUGGAAGAGCAUAAAAUUUUCAGACAUGACUUAAUAAAGAAAGUAGAUGAAGAGGAAUUCAAGAAGAGGAUUGGCAGAGGGGGUGGUGGUGGAGAGAGGAAGUCGUCAGAAAAAGAGGACAAAGGCAGCAAGGCCAGUACAAAUAAUGAAGACGAUAAGGGUGGUGGCAAAGGAAAAAAGGGCAAAAAUUCUAAAAAAAAAAAAAAAUAG